GAGCUGUUUCCGGGGCGGAACACUCCCUGUUUCCGGACUUUCACCGCCAAACUUAAAAAACAAGGAGUUCUCACCAGCUGCAGCUGUGCACUCUGCUCUCUUUGAUUAGUUAGCCUGUUUUUGGUGUAAAUAUCAAAUCUCUGAAAAUGCCUGCUAUACCAAAGAGACCCUGCCCCGACCCAAUGAAUAACUCGAUGGAGAAGACAAUAAAGCGCAUUUCAAUCGAAGGAAACAUUGCGUCGGGUAAGUCUACUUUUGUGCGCCUUUUGGAGCAGGAGAGCGCCGACUGGGAGGUAGUACCAGAACCGAUCGCUAGAUGGUGCAAUGUCCAAACAACAAGCAGCGACUUUGAGGAGCUGACCACGUCUCAGAGGAGUGGCGGGAACGUGUUGAAAAUGAUGUAUGAGAAGCCGGAGAGGUGGGCCUACACUUUCCAGAGCUACGCCUGCAUCAGCCGGGUGCGUGCCCAGAUCAGAUCUACAAAUGGAAAGCUCCAAGAGGCUGAGAAUCCUGUGUUGUUCUUCGAGAGAUCCAUCUACAGUGACAGGUACAUCUUUGCAGGCAACCUAUAUGAAAGCGAAUGCAUGAACGAGACUGAAUGGUCCAUCUACCAGGAUUUGCAUGGCUGGCUUCACCACCAGUUUGGGAAACACAUCGAGCUAGAUGGUAUCAUUUACCUCAGGGCUUCACCAGAGAGAUGCUUGGAGCGAUUACACAUGAGAGGUAGAGAGGAGGAACAGGAAAUCCCCCUGGAAUACCUCGAGAAGCUCCACGACAAACAUGAGAGCUGGUUGCAGAAUAAGACAAUGAACAUGGAGUUUGAGUAUCUCAGUGGCAUACCUGUACUGACCUUGGAUGUGAACGAGGAUUUUAAACUAAACAAUUCCAAGAGUGCUGACAUGAUUGAGAAGGUGAAGGAGUUCUUAUGCACGUUGUGAUGGAAAAAUGGAACUGGUGCCGGAGGGAAUACAUUCCUGGAAUAUUAAGAACAAUGAUCACUCUUAUAAAUUUUUUUAAUGACUGAAAAAUUUGCACUGGUUUUCUUUUUGUGUUUUCUGUUUAACAUUUUUUUUAUGUAUUUAUAAAAGGAAAUGAUAGUAGAGGUUGUCCACCUUUUAUUAAAGGCUAUCAACUUGAAAUAUUAAA